UAUACCUCCGAACUCGACCCGUCUACCUCCCCUUCACUACAGACUCGUCUGUCUAGCCAGGUAAUGGCCACGGUCCGCGAUCCCAACUUCUGGAAACGCUUCAGCGCGGCUGUCCACCAGGACGAUCAACUCAAAGAGGAGGCCAAUCGAUCAGGCUUGAAGCAAACGUAUGUGACUACCAUCUCCCUUGCCGACGACGACAUCACCAUGUCUUCCCUGUCCCCGGCCCCAACCCCGACAUCACAGUCUCACAUCUUGUCGGGCUCUGCUCCCAAGUUUGCGCUGCAUCCGCAGGUGCGCUACUCGGGCGAGCUGCGUCCCGUGACCGCCGGAGCUGCACCACCAUCCUUCUCAUCGCACUCGCAAUCGUCCUCGUUAUCCCGCCCGCGCUCGCAAUCCCGUCCUUAUUCUUCCCAUCAUACACAGUCAAACUCCUUUGCCCGUCCCCAAUCCACUUCAUACCCCCAGCCCCCACUCCCCUCAAAACCCCAAUCCCACACACAAGUCCGCCCUUCAACACCACCCCAACAGCCCUCUUCUCCGCAAAACUUGUCUCCCCAAGCAUCCUCAACAACAACAACCCCAACGCGUCUCACCAAAGCCCCCCGCGCACAAACCAAACAAGGCCGUCCGCGCGCCCGCUCCAACCCGCUCUUUACACGACAAACCAACGGAUCGCAACUCACCCUGGGACUAUCUGGUCGUCCGCAAUCGCGUUUCAAAUUCUGGACCUCCGUCUCGGCUGACCCAUCCAACAGGAACUCGUGGCUCGAGGGCCAGAAGCGGAAAGCUCGCCAGCGAACGUACAUGUGCUGGUCCUUCUGGCUUGUCCUUGCAAUCGUCGUCGCGGGUGUUGUGGCUGCUAUCGUGGUGCUCAAGCAUAAGCACAUAAUAUGAGACUCGAGACAGGACCUCGGAAUCAGAAUGGAGGAUAAUGGAUGAAACAAUCGGUGGUAAUUUUGGGCUCUUUUGGGGAAAGAUGUGGUGGUGGUGAGGCGGCGUUGACCAAGCUCCUCUCGCCCACCUCUACUUUUUUGCUUCUUCUGGUUUUGCACAUCUCUGGCGGGCGUUCGGCCAUGCGUUGAUUGACGACGAUCAAACGAAACGUACGGACGGAAGCACAGACGCAUACGGAUACCCACCCGCCCCUUUUCUUUUUUCUCUCCCUUUUUUUUGUUUUGCAUGUUUGUUUGGGUGGAAACCGCUUCUCUCCCCGCUAUUGCCGAAACAUGGCGCCGUUGUUUGCCUUCGCCCUUGCGGGUAAGCAUAUAGCGAGACUGUCAGCGGGCUGGUCGAUAUCAGCAUCCCUGCAUUUCUUCUUUUCUUCUUCAUUUUUUUUUUGUUUAACCUCGACAAGCGCUCCUAGUUCAGAGCCGAAACCACCUUCCCACCCUUCUUUCUUUCUUCUGUCACCACAUUUCCCCCUCUCCCUACAAUUGGAGGCGGUUCACUUCUUCUUCAUGUACCUCUUUUACAUUCUCCUUCCCCUUGGGUUGUUACCUCGCUUCAACUUUUUCCCACUUUAUACUCUUCCUUUUCUUUCUCAUUCUGCAUCCAUGAUACCACCAAACCAAACCUGCACAACCUGCUUUGAAACUAGCGAGCGAGCCAGCCAGCGUAACUUUUCUGCUAAAAAAAACAAAUCACAUGAGACAAACAAUCCAAAUCCCAAAUCAAAUCAAACAAUCCCACAAUUCCAAGUGCUGAAUCUAAACAUUGUUGUUGCGUUCCCUAGUCUCUCUUUCCUUUCCUGAUGCAACGGGGCUCAUCGGCACUUAGAUCAAAGUCUGCAUUCGGCGCUUUUCGUUCCCGCGGACAACAACAACAACAACAACAACAACAACAACAACAACAACAACAACAACAACAACAACAACAACAACAACAACAUCGAUCCCCCCUCCAUCCCUAUCCCCCGCCUCCAAAAAAAAGAACCCGAGUUCCAACAGCGCCGAAACGCGAUCUCAUAGGACAAGCCCUCAAAGACAGCUGUCCAAUACCAUCACACAUACCCCAACUCCAACACCCCAUCAUCCCUUCACCGUCGCCAGCUCUCCGAAUCCUCCUCUCAUCAAGUAUUCCUCAACGCCGACAAAGUCAAGCUUUUUUUGUUUUGAAGAGGGAGGUAUGAUAGCUGGGCGACUAUAUAGGAUGUUAGGUGUGUUU